CAGGGGAAAGCGUCGAGAUGCACGAUCCUUUUUAAAAUGCCAUAAAAAACUCCGGCUCAUUGUUUAAUCUUCUUUGUAUGCAAAGGAGCCCUUUUGUUUAUCUGCAGGGGAGUUGUCGGUUCUGCAUUCCCAUCCUGCAAGAGCUUCAGUUCUCAUCUUUCGUUUGUCAAUAAGAAAAACCUGGGGAGAACCGUCACUCCAUCUUUUGGUUUCUCAGUUCGCUUCAUGCUUUUGCAGGCCUCUUUAUCUCCUCUGCCAUCAAGAGAAAAGGUCAGGUUGUGACUGCCUCCUUGCUCUUACCCUACCUUUUCCUGGACCUUUCCCUCCUUUUCUUCUCUCCCACUCAGCUCUUCAAUCCUGCUUUCAGAAAUUCUGGUUGGUAGAAUAAACUUCGGGUUUUAGUGGCUUUCACAUGCUGAAAAUGGGUAAUGGCCUUCAGGUGCUGAGAAUGGGUUCUCUUGUUUCUCUCAUUUACUCCUUUGAAGAUGGGGCCUUUUGUGGCUAUUAAGUUUGGGUUUUGUUAUCGAUCUUGGGUGCUGUUCAUCUAGCUUUUAAGUUUCUGGCUGUUGGUUCUCUUCUCUAUUUCCUCUAUUUGGUCUGCUUUUGAUUUAGCAUAUUAGCAUAAAGUGGUAUAUCCUCCUCUGAACAAACUUGGGGUUUUAUAUAGAAUUUACCAUAUAGGUGUCUUUGGAUACCAAGGAUCAGGAACUUUGUGCAAAACUUAGUCCUUUCGAUCCGGAAGCUUGUUCUUAGCUCAAGAUACCAACGUCUGUUCAUCAAAAUGGAGAAAUGCGUUCUUCUGGCUGUAUUUAUAUUGGCUACUGUGAGCUGUUCUACUGCCUUUACGCCGGUGGACAAUUACCUUAUUGACUGUGGAUCUUCCACGAAUACCACCGUUGACGGUCGCAAUUUCUUCGGCGACAAUCCCGGCUCCUCGUUUUCUGUUUCGACAGGCGAGAACAUUCUUGGCACCACAAGCUCCAGCCCAGUUGCUCCUGUCGCCGGAUCGGCACUCUACCGGACGGCACGGAUCUUCACCAGAACAUCGUCUUAUACAUUUCCAAUCAAGAGCAAAGGACGGCAUUGGGUUCGUCUCUAUUUCUUCCCUUUCACUUAUCAGACGUAUGAUCUUACAACUGCAAGCUUUGAUGUUCAGACACAAGAUACUGUUCUUCUUAGCAAUUUCCGGGUUCAAAAUACCUCGUCUCCUGUGUUUAAGGAAUAUUCAGUUGUUGUAAAUUCAGACAGUCUGGUUUUGAGUUUCGUUCCUUUGGAUAAUUCGGUAGCAUUUGUUAAUGCAAUGGAAGUUGUUUCGCUUCCCUCCGGACUCAUUUCAGACGAUGCCCUGACUUUGAAUCCCUUGAAUUCCUACAAGGGACUCGCAUCUGUAGCUUUAGAGACGUCAUUCAGACUGAAUAUGGGUGGUCCUGUAGUUAGUCCAGCCACUGACUCGCUUCAAAGAACAUGGGCAUCUGAUCAGGACUUUUUGCUUCACAAAAAUGCUGCUAUUAACGUUACAACAAGUCAGAUACUUACAUAUCAUACGGGAGGUGCCACUCCAGACACUGCACCAGCCAUUGUGUACACUACUGCUCAAAUGAUGAGUCCACAAAACUCUGCAACAAACUUGUUUAACAUAACAUGGCAGUUUUCAUUGGAUUUUAGUUACUCUUACUUAGUCCGAAUGCACUUUUGUGACAUAACUAGCAAGGCGUUGGGGCAGCUCAUAUUCAAUGUUUACAUUGGCACCUCUCUUGCAGCCUCUGAUCUGGAUCUAUCUGCUCAAACACAAUCCUUGGUAACCCCUCGUUAUUUUGACUUUGUUCUGCCUGCCACUUCUGGUCUAGGCAUCUUGACUGUCUCUGUUGGGCCCUCUGGUGUGGCAGCUGUUUCACAAAAUGCUACUUUAAAUGGAUUGGAGAUAAUGAAGUUUGGCAUGGCACCUGCAAAUCCCUCUUCAAAGGGUCAGAAGAUUGGGAUAAUUGUUGGUUCAUUAGUGGGAGGUAUUUUUCUGAUUGGCAUCAUAACCAUAAUCAUCUUAAAAUGCCGGGCUAAACAAAAGGGUCAGCACUCAUGGGUUCCUUCUUACAUAAAUGGGGGGCACGGCACGGGCAGUAAGGUUUCUAAUGCAACUGGAAAUACCCUAACAUCGGUGCAGGGUACCACUGUUGGGUACCGGUUUACUCUGGCUGAGUUACAGGAAGCAACAAAGAACUUCGAUGAAGCGUGUGUUAUUGGAGUUGGUGGCUUUGGAAAGGUGUACAAGGGGGAAUGCAAAGAUGGAACAAUAAUAGCAGUCAAGCGAGCUAAUCCUGGAUCUCAACAGGGUCUCAAAGAAUUCCUCACAGAGAUUGAUACGUUGUCUAAAUUUCGUCAUCGCCAUCUAGUUUCGCUCAUUGGCUUCUGUGACGAGCAGUCUGAAAUGAUCCUUGUAUAUGAGUAUAUGGUGAAUGGAACCCUUAAGAGUCGUCUCUAUGGGAGUAGUCUUCCCAGCCUGAGUUGGAAACAGAGGCUUGAGAUUUGUAUAGGAGCUGCAAGAGGUCUUCACUACCUUCAUACCGGUUCUGCUCAAGGAAUAAUCCAUCGUGAUGUUAAGUCAGCUAAUAUUCUACUUGAUGAAAACCUUCUGGCAAAGGUUUCAGAUUUUGGGUUAUCUAAGACGGGUCCUGAUCUUGAUCAAACCCAUGUAAGCACAGCUGUCAAAGGGAGCUUUGGUUAUCUAGAUCCUGAGUAUUUCAGAAGGCAGCAGCUGACACAAAAAUCAGACGUCUAUUCGUUUGGAGUUGUAUUGCUUGAAGUCCUCUGCGCAAGGCCUGCAAUUGAUCCUUCACUUCCAAGGGAGAGGGUAAACAUAGUCGAUUGGGCAUUGAAGUAUCAGAAGAAGGAGCAGCUGGCUAAAGUUAUUGAUCCAUGUCUUGUAGGUACUGUUGACCCUAGAUCUCUUGGUAAAUUUUGGGAGACAAUUCUGAGGUGUUUGGCUGAAUAUGGUUCGGAGCGCCCCACAAUAGGGGAUGUGCUGUGGAACUUGGAGUAUGCAUUGCAGUUGCAGGAAUCAAUCCUUGCUGAGCCAAGUAAUGAUAGUGAAAAUCACAUCAUUGAUCUCUCAGUUCCAACAUCACGUGUCAGUCCUUAUGAAACUGAAAUGGCUAACAGAAAUGUGGCAUCUGAUCAUCUCUCCGCCAUAUCAGCCAGCAAUGUUUUCUCACAGUUUAUGAACAAUGAAGGACGAUAGAUGGCAUUCUAAGGAUUACAGAAGCUUGUCAGUCCAGGGGAGGUUUGUCAUUUCCUGCUUGAUUUCCUGGAACCAAUUUUUUUCACUGUCAAAUUUCUUUUGAAGGAGAUGAAAAGCCUGAUCCAAAGCGGGGUCUACCUUACGAAGAAGAUCAGCACUCAAGAACUUUUUCUAUGAAUGGACAUUUGGUGUAUGCUAGUCCCAGUUUAUUCAUGUUUAUUUAUUUAUUUUUUUAUUUAUUUUCCAUUGUAGAAGUUGUACAGUAUGUUUUCCUCGUAACAUCACUGUGUUGUUCUUUAGUUCCGAUUUUGCCUAUUUUGGUUGUUCACGAUUUCGCAGAUUAGACUUCUCAUGAUUUAUAAAGACGUAACGUUUUGUUUUUUUCUA